GGGCCCGCGGGUCGCCGCCCCCUCGGCCCGCCAUGAUGCUACCCGUGCUGCUGCUGCUUGGCCUCUUCUGCCUGGCCGCGGCCGAACCCGCCAUCUACUUAAAGGAGCAGUUUCUGGACGGAGACGGGUGGACCGACCGCUGGAUUGAAUCCAAACACAAGUCAGAUUUCGGUAAAUUUGUCCUCAGUUCCGGCAAGUUCUACGGUGACCAGGAGAAGGAUAAAGGGCUGCAGACAAGCCAGGAUGCCCGCUUUUACACUUUGUUGGCCAGAUUUGAGCCUUUCAGCAACAAGGGCCAGACACUGGUGGUGCAGUUCACCGUGAAACACGAGCAGAACAUCGAUUGUGGGGGCGGCUACGUGAAGCUCUUUCCAGAUGGUCUGGACCAGACCGACAUGCACCGAGACUCUGAAUACAACAUCAUGUUCGGCCCCGAUAUCUGUGGCCCCGGCACCAAGAAGGUUCACGUCAUCUUCAACUACAAGGGCAAGAACGUGCUGAUCAACAAGGACAUUCGUUGCAAGGAUGAUGGAUUCACACACCUGUAUACCCUGAGUCGGCCAGAUAACACUUAUGAGGUGAAAAUUGACAAUAGCCAGGUGGAAUCAGGCUCCUUGGAGGAUGAUUAGGACUUCCUCCCUCCCAAGAAGAUAAAGGAUCCUGAUGCUUCGAAGCCUGAAGACUGGGAUGAGCGGGCCAAGAUUGAUGACCCCACAGACUCUAAGCCUGAGGACUGGGACAAGCCCGAGCACAUCCCUGACCCCGAUGCGAAAAAGCCAGAGGACUGGGAUGAAGAGAUGGAUGGAGAGUGGGAACCACCUGUGAUUCAGAACCCUGAGUAUAAGGGCAAAUGGAAGCCCUGGCAGAUGGACAACCCAGAUUACAAGGGCACUUGGAUCCACCCAGAGAUUGACAACCCUGAGUACUCCCCUGAUAGCAACAUCUAUGCCUAUGAAAACUUUGCUGUUCUGGGCUUAGAUCCCUGGCAGGUCAAGUCUGGCACCAUCUUUGACAACUUCCUCAUCACCAACGAUGAGGCAUAUGCAGAGGAGUUUGGAAACGAGACCUGGGGUGUCACGAAGGCAGCUGAAAAGCAGAUGAAGGACAAGCAGGAUGAGGAGCAGAGGCUAAAGGAGAAGGAGGAGGACAAGAAGCGCAAGGAAGAAGAGGAGGCAGACAAGGACGAUGAGGAAGAUAAGGACGAACAUGAGGAGGACGAGGAUGACAAGGAGGAAGAGGAAGAGGAAGAUGCUGCCACUGGCCAGGCCAAGGAUGAGCUGUAG